UGAUGUUUUGUGGUUAUAAUAACUUAUAACCUCACUUUUUCUCCAAGUGGAUCAGAAAGAGGAAAUAAACAAUGUCUGAUGAAGAAAUAGUUAGUGCGAAAUGUCGUUUAUUAGAAAUUUUCUCUGAUCUCGAUGACGCUGAAAUAGAAUCGAUUGAAAAGUGGAUAUGUUCCCAUUCAUAUAGAAAGGAUUUAGAAUACAAAAAGUCACUAAAAAGUUCAGCUAAGUUAUUAAAAAGGAUUGGAGAUUCUAUAAAAAAAAUUGUGCCUUUAGAGGCUGAGAUGCCAACAGAGCACAUCACACCACCAAGAGUUGGAGACCAAGCUGAUUGUGAUAAAAACAAUUCUUGUCAUGUAGAUGAGUUUCUCUAUGAUGAAAAACAGGUUGAGGACUUGGUCAAAAAGGGAAAACUGAGACGACAAUUUUGUUUUGAUUGUAAGUCUCGAAAUAUAAAGGAUUUAACAUUUAUAUCCCAUUCAAUGUCAAGACAAGCCUUGCAAUACAUAUUCAAAGUACUUCUUCCCAGAGAUUUGGAACGCAAACAAAUAUUAGAUGUGGGGUCACGACUGGGAGCAGUUUUGUAUGCUGCCUAUCAUUUCACAAAUGCAUCAAAAGUAGUUGGUAUUGAGAUAAAUAAAGAAUGCUGUGAAGUUCAGGAAAAAAUAAUUGCACAGUAUUCAAUGGACAAAGACAGAAUAUCAGUAAUAAAUUCAGAUGUAUUGGAGAGGCAAGAUAUUGUUGAAUGUUCAGAUAUAAUCAUAAUAAAUGUUCUAGACUUUUUUGUUGAUGAAGAAAAACACAGAGAAUUGUGGUAUUUCUUCAAAAAACACAUAAAAAAGGGCAGUUAUUUGAUUGCAAAUAGAAGCAUGGCAGAAACGUUGGGCUGUUUGGAAAUAUUUGAAGAAUUUAUGGACUGGCUGAGCAUAUGUAAACCAAACCAGGCAGAUAAUGAAAUAUUUUUCGAUGUGGAAGAUUAUAGUGAAUUAUAUUUAUAUUCAAUAAAUUAAUGUACCUACAUAAAUAAUAAUAAAUAUAUAAUAA